AUGAACUUGGAAGGAGUAGGCGACGCGGUCAGAUGCCGAGCAUUCCCUGUAACGCUGGUAGGACCAGCGAUCCGAUGGUUCAACACCCUCCCACAAGAAUCCAUCACAGCUUUUAUGGACAUUUCCCAAAUCUUCCUGGCUCAGUUCACGACACGCAUAGCCAAGGCAAAGCACCUAAUCAACUUGCUAGGGGUUACCCAAAAACCCGGGGAGCCGACUAGGAAAUUCUUAGACAGAUUCAACGAUGAGUUCCUGGAGAUUGACAGCCUUACGGACUCAGUCACUAGUCUGUGCCUAACGAACGGCCUGCUAAACGAGGACUUUAGGAAGCACCUCACUACCAAGCCUGUCUGGUCCAUGCAAGAAAUUCAAAGCGUGGCCAAGGAAUACAUCAUUGAUGAGGAAGUAAGUCAGGUUGUAGCAGCCAACAAACGGCAGCUCUCAAAACCCCCCAGCUCGGCAUGCCCCCAGGUCGACAGGUAA